AUGACACCAGAAAAUAAAAAAUCGAUUCUCCAACAGCACAAAACAUCCGCCAACGGCAGAAUCAAAUCUUCAAUCGUCACAAAAGCUAUCGCACCAAAUGCACCAUCCGAAAUUUUUCGUAAGGAUGAAAUUAUUUCUCAUGAUGCGCCUACAAGUGAUCCAAUGAUUUCGAAGCUUUCUGGCAGAGAGUUAAAGAAAAUGAUUAACAAAGAGCUAUCCGAUCAUGGUCUUGGCAGUUUGAAUAUGAUGAAUGCUGGCGUGGGAGGAGAAUUGAAAAUGCGAAUUCUCGAAAAACUGUUGGCAGUGUCUACGAAUGUUGAUAGGAUACACUCUAGACCAAAUUACGACAAGGAUUGGAAUGAUUUGUCGGAAGAGUUGAAGGCGGAGUGCAUGAAAUGGAUGUCAUUCAGGACAAGACUCCGUCUCCGACAAACUAGCAAAACCGAAAAGCAACUUGUGGAUUCAGUCCCAAUAAACUUCAAAUUUGUGAAAGUUGAUCAAAAUGCCAGAUAUUGUUACGAGAAGUGCAUCGAACUAUCAUUCCAAGACAAUGUCAAUCAAGAAACGUAUCUCAAAUAUAAGGAUCCAUCUGAUUUCAUGAAAGAUGGCGCUCCGUUGCUCGCCUAUAUUUUGAAGCAUGGGAAAAUCGACGAAUUCGACUAUGAGAUCAGCGAUGAGUUGAGCUGCAUGACGUUAGAACUGUUGGAGAGGAAGAAUAUCAAAUUUUGUAUCAGGAAAUUUUCACAUAUCGAUAUUAAUAAUUUCAAAGAAACUUUAUUCAUACUGGCGAACUGUGAUGAGACUCUUGAAGAGAUUGUGUUUGAUCCGGAAAACGGCGAAGAAGAGGAUUUCAAGAGAUUGUUCAUGCUACCCGCAUUCAACAAGGCCAAGUUUGUUCGAAUGUGGACAUUGAAGCAUCCCUGGGUUGCAUUGGCAACUCUUGAGAGAUACAUUCAUACUGACGCGGAAAUCGGAACAGAAUUUGAAUUCAAUGCCGAUAAGAUGACAAUUGUUGAUCUUGUAAUAAAAUAUUUCGAAGAUCGGAUUGUAUACCAGAAUGGAGAUUUCUUGAUGAAAAUCGGAAUGAACGUGGCUGAUAGAGCAAUUCUGAUAGACCAUGAGUACACCGAUAGUUUUAGCGAAGUGACAUUCUAUUUCACGGUGGUCUCUGCGGAUUCUGUGAGACGCGUGGAAAGAAUUCGAGCGGAUUCGAGUUCUUCCGAUGAUCUCAUCCCAGAUUUUAAGCGAAUAUUCAAAGAAAGUUCUGAUGACGAAAUUUACAAACCGAACGUUUCCAAUGUUUCCAAUCGUAAUUGA